CGCGGAUGUACUGGACUCUUGUUUUUCGUCCGGACAUAUUGGAGCGAGCAACCAGUUGUGAUCGUGUGUACGGUUAUAUAUCGCAUACAAUUUAAAGUACCUACAUUAUACUCGUAAAAAAAAAACUUAUAUCUUAGGUACGUGUACCUCGAGACUGUACGUGAAUGUAAAAAAAAUUUAAAAGGACUUAUUUUUACUCGUAUAUUUGAACGAUUGCGCGUGUUUUUUUUUCAACCGGUUGUGGUGUUGUUGUUGUUGUUCUGCAUAAUCUGCGAAUACACUGUACCUGCAGUCAGAUCGUUUGCGACGAUUAAUUAGCAUCAAAAUGAGUAUCACAAAGAGUCUAGUAUCAACCAUGUGCCUUUGCGCCGUUCUAGUCAGAGCCGAACCACCAGCGCUAUCCAACAGCUACCUACCGCCACAAGAAGGAUACAGUUAUAACGCACCCAGCAUACCAUUCCCAUCACCUUCACCCUCACCUUCGCCAUCGUACUUUACCUCAUCGCCAGCCGCGUACAAACCGCCAGUUCAAUCAACCUACAGACCACCACAGCCAGCUUACAAACCACCAAGUUAUCCUUCACCUUCGCCGACAUAUGCUCCAGUUGUGCCCAUCUCAUCGACGUAUUCGCCACCGAGCUACAGCACGCCUAAACCAUUCAGUCCACCGAGACCAUCUUACGGAGUACCAGGAUACGAACAGUCUGGCAGCGCCAUCUCAGCCGCUGGUAUCCCAGGAGGAAACUCUGGUGCUGGAACCGGAGGUGGAGAGUUCGACCACUUGGCCCAGCCUCACGUACCCGGAAUGCCAUUCGACUUCAAUUACGCCGUUAAAGACGACUAUUACGGAACGGAUUUCGGCCACCAAGCCAGCAGCAACGGUGACCAAGUACGAGGCGAAUACCGAGUUCUGUUACCCGAUGGCCGUUUACAAAUCGUCAAAUACGUCGCUGACUGGAAAGACGGCUACACCGCCGAAGUCACUUACCAAGGAGAAGCCAAAUACCCUCAACCAGUACCAGGUGCCAGCGGAGGACAAAUCGGUUCAGGCGGAUACCCAGGAGCUAGACCGACCGGAGGUUACCCAUCACCGAAACCCAGCGGAGGAUACUCUGGCGCUGGAUACUCUGGCGGAUCUUACAGUCAACCAACUGCUGCUGGAUACCCAUCCUCGAGACCGACUGCCGGAUACCCUUCGUCUCAACCAACCGCCGGAUACCCGUCAUCUCAACCAACCGCCGGAUACGGUGGAGCUCAACCAUCCUACUCUGGUCAACCAAUCUCCGGCUACGGAGGUGCUCAACAAGCCGCUGGAGGAUACUCGUCCUCCGGCCCGGAUUACGGAAGUUACUAAGAUACCAUCUCCCCGCCCCCCUCUUUUUUCCAAUCCUCGAUUCUUUCCUUUUUUAGUUAAUGUUUUUUAUCUCUUUCUUUUUUUUUUUCAAUUAUACAAAAAAAAACAGCUUAGAUUCCAUCAAGAGAUUUUUUAAGUACUUUAUACGAAUGCAUUUGCUUUUAGAAUUUAAGUUUUAAGUGUCUCAUGGAAUGGCAAAUAAUUUUUACCCGCUUGUAAUGUAACCCCCACGUUUGGCUACGUUACCAAGUUGACCUCAUAUGUAUACUCGAGUAUUAAUUAUAGGCCAUCCCAUCAUCCUUCUUGUAAUUUUUGAUUUUCAAUAAUAAUUCUUCGUCUUAAUUUAAGAUUCAUUAUACCAAAGGUUAAUACCAAUCGUACGAAGAAAAAACAUCGAGUACAUUUUUUUUUUUUUAAUUUUCAUUAUAUGUUGACCCACGUAGUAAAGGUAGGUUUAUAGACUUAUCUUAAAAAUUACGUACGCUGCGGAUAUCAUCGACUUUAUAAUAAAAUAUCUUAUACUUAUAAUAAUCUUCAUCUUUGAUUGAAAUAUAUAAACUGCAGGGUAUUUACAACUAUACUCGUAUAUCUAUAUCCGAGUAACUUAAACCCUGAAAAAAUAUUAUUUUUAAUUUAUUUUUUCAUCUUAUAUUUUGAUGUUUUCUUUACUAAUACGAGCCAUAUUUAAGAACUGAUCGUGAUAACAGGAUAUUAUGUAUUUUUUCUCUCUCUCUCUUUCUAAUUGUUGUAAUGUACUUGAGUGCAGCUUACUCGUCAAUGAUUACUUAGUAUAGAUUAGUUCGUUAUAGAUAAAUAAUUAUUACGUAAUUAGUAUUUUUUUUUUUUUUUUGAAAAAAAAGAUCAAAACGUACAAAAUAUCUUUAAAUGAAAAAUAAAAAUCCCAAGUACAACAGUAAGAUUGUUACCUACGUAUAAUAAUAGAUAAAAUAAGUACCCUACCAAAUUUUUUUCUUUCCUAAAAUCGUUACCUGGUGUAUCAAUUUGAUCAUCGAUGAUGAAAAAUUUCCAUACAAGAUGAAAAAUAGAUAUAAAAAAUAAAUUUCGAGUAUAGAAGCUGUUUUUGAAAACCAUACAAAGAUUCCUUAUCUUAGCCAUAUUUUAUUAUAAGAUUUUUGUGAAUUUUUUUUUACUACUUUUUUUUGUAUAUUUUUAAAACAUUUUGUACAUGUCUUUUUCUAAGUAAAACUUUUAUUAAAAA